GCUUAUUUUACCGAUCGUUUGCCAACUUUUAUUCGUCAAACUCUUACCAUCUUGAAUUGUUCCUGUGUUUCUAUUUAUUAUUUGCGAUUUCUUCCGCGUUAUACAAUUUGGUUCUUGAUGGCUGCAAUUAUUCUUUGGGAUUUAUUUUCUGUAAAUUCAUCAUUUGGACCAUUAAAAGUAGCUGCAUUAAAUGCUCAUGAUUAUAGUGAAAGAAUUCUUCCGUUUAUGUUUUUCAUAGCAAAAAAUAAUAAAAAUAAAGAAGAAGAGGAGGAAGAAAGUUCUGAUGAAAAUUCUGAAAAUAAUACUUUAAAUAAUUCUUCUGAUACUUUUUCUGAUGAUAAUACAACAAUAAAUGAUGAUGAAGAAGAAGAAAAUUGUUCUGAUGAUUGUAUGACUGAAUUUACUUUAAAUAGUACUUUUACUAAUGAUGAAAUUGAAGAUUCUAUUGAAGAAGAAAAUAAUGUGGAGAGAACAGCUUUUGAUGCGUUAAAUGUUUCUGGUCAAACAGUUAUUGGUAUGGGUGAUUUUGUUAUUUAUGGUUUAUUGGUUGGAAAGGCAGCAGCAGAUAUGGAUGGUUGUUUUAACUUUGCUGUUUUAUUUACAAUUAUUGGCGUUUUAUUUGGUUUAUUUUAUACUUUAACUUUAUCUGAGGAAUCUGACAACGAUGAUGAACCCGGUUAUUUACCAGCACUUCCAAUUCCGCUUACUAUUGGUGCUGUUAUGUAUUUUUUGACGUCUUUUGUUAUUGGAAAAUUUAAUGGAGAAAAUAAUUAUGAGGAAUUUUAA